CUGAACGCAAUCCUACUUUUGUAAAUAACCAUUGAAAACAAAUAUGGCUGCCACCAUGGGCAGCAUGCGACGAAACCUGAAAGAUUUUUCUACCCUUCUGGAAAAACCCGAAGUAUUUCUCAGCACACAGCCAUCUUUAUGCAAGAAGUUAAGGACUGCCACCAAAGCUGUGUAUGACUUUGCAAAGACCCAGGAAUCUGGAUUUCCUUCUGGUGAAGGAGCGUUACCUCGACUGAUUGUUAAGGACUUCGAUGAAGAACAGAUCUGGCAGGAAAUAGAAUUACAGAACACACACAGCGUGAAGAAGUUACUGUUUGCUGUAUCUGGAGUUCUCACCAAGAAAAACAUAAGUUUUAAAGGUGGUGCCAAACCUUCACCGAAGAAAUGGAAGAAGGGGGAAGGAGAAGAAGGUGAAAAGGUUGUGUUGGCGGAGGAAGAUGAAGAUGAAGCGAGCAGCGAUGAAGACGCUGAGGACGAGGAGCUGCGACGUAUCAAGACCCGUCUGGAAGGAGGGGAAGACUCGGAUGACUUUGAUGUGGGGUCAAGUGACCUUGAGAUGGGGGAGGAUGAGAUUAUGGAGGAAGAGGAAGAGGAGGAGGAGGAGGAUGACAUUGAAGAGGACAAUACACAGAAGAAACGAAAAAAGUUAAAAUACAAAAGUGUGGUAGAUGACAAAUUUUUCAAAUUAUCUGAAAUGGAGGCAUUUUUAGUGCAGGAGGAUGCUAGGGAAGAGAAACGUCGUCGAUUGGAAUCUGGAGGUGAUGACGGUGAUGAGAGUGAUGACGAAGAAGAUGAUGGCGAUGAUAUUGACAUGUUUGCUGAAAUCCCUACAUCGGAGGAGGAGGAUGGGGGAGGAGAGCUGAGGUAUGAAGAUUUCUUCGACCCACCUGAUGAAGAACCAGAAAAAAAAGAGAAAAAGAAAAAAGUGAAGUUUGCACACGAUGAGAAGGAAAGUGAAGAAGAAGACGACGCAUCUGAGGAAAUGGAAUCCGACAAGGAGGAAGUCGUCGACAGCAAGGUCAAGGCUGUCAGUAAAACAGAGUCUCUGUCAACCUUUGAAAAGAGGCAGGAGAAGUUGAGGAAGCGUAUCGACCAGCUUGAAAAGGCAAGUCUGUCUGACAAGACAUGGCAGCUGACUGGGGAGGUAGCCGGACCUGCCCGCCCUGAAAACAGCCUGCUGGAGGAGCAUCUGCAGUUUGAUGUGACAACACGGGCAGCCCCUGUUGUGACUGAGGAGACAACCAAGACUAUUGAGGACAUUGUACGGCAGAGGAUUAAGGACAAGGCGUGGGACGAUGUGGAGAGGAAGGUGAAGCCUAAGGGGGAUGUGUUUGAGUACAAGAAGAGGAUAGUCUUGGACCAGGAGAAGAGCAAGCAGAGUCUUGGCGACGUGUAUGAACAGGAAUUCCUCAAACAGCAGAAGGAGGAGAAAGAAGAAAGAGAGGAAGAAGAUCCUAAACAUGAAAAUAUCCGCAAGUCCAUGAGAUCUUUGUUCCUCAAGCUUGAUGCACUGUCAAACUUCCACUACACACCAAAAGAGGCCCGGCCAGAACUGAAGAUUGUGUCCAACAUGCCCACGAUAGCAAUGGAGGAGGUCGCACCUGUCAGCGUCAGUGACCAGAAGUUGUUGGCGCCAGAGGAAGUAAAGGAGAAGGCAAAGCGAGAUUUGAAAGGAGAGACUGAGAGGACAACGGAGGACAAGAAGAGGGACCACAGGGAGAAGAAGGAGAGGAAGAGAGUUCGCAGGAAGGAGCGUGAACAGCGGGAGAAGCUGGUGUCCAAGCUGAACCCAGGGCUAGGGAACAAGUACAGCAAGGAGAAGGCUCUUCGGGAUCUGGAGAAGAUUGGCAAGUCCGACAGUUCGGUCACACUCAUGAAGAGUGAUUCCAGUAAGACAAGUCUGACGUCUUCUUCUGCCUUCUUCACCAAGCUACAGGAUGAGGUGUCAUCUCACGUCAAACACAGGCAGGCAGACAAGAAAAAGAGCCAGAAGAAAACAUCCUCAGUGAAAUUAAAAUUGUAGAUAAGAGAAUAAAACAUUUUCAAAGAAAUU